CCUUCAUUCAUCUCCCUAAAAUCAUACCCAUAUUUAUCAUCCCUCCUUACUAGGUUUUUCUUCCCUUUACAUUUCUUUUUUUCCUGUCUAUGUGAACUUUUAUCUUUCAGCUUUUGCUAUAAUUAAAUACUAACAAAACACUACAUAUGUUCAUAUUUCUUGAUUUGGACACUUCAAUUAUAACUCAUCUUCUUCUUCUUCUUUAGCUUCUUUCUUGAUUCUAUUUUUCCUUGAAUCCUUGAUCUACCUCGUGGAUCCGCGAUUCCCGGCCAAAAACCUUAAAAGGACAAAACAAAAAAAUGUCUCUAGACAUAACAUAUUCGUCUUCCUCGGAACGUGUUUGCUAUGUCCACUGCAACUUUUGCAACACCAUUCUUGCGGUUAGCGUUCCAUGCAGCAGCAUGAUGACAAUAGUGACAGUAAGGUGUGGACACUGUGCAAAUUUGCUUUCUGUUAAUAUUGGAUCUUUGCUUCAGUCUCUCCCCCUUCAAGAUCUAGAGAAGCAGCAGAGAUCAAAUAUUGAAGAUGCUAGUAAAGCAUGUGGGUCAUCCUCUUCUACCAAUUAUCACAGAUUUUCUGCCAUUGGUACAUCUCCUGAAGAUGAUCAACCUAGAACCAUGCCUAUACGCCCACCAGAGAAAAGACAACGUGUUCCUUCCGCCUACAACAGAUUUAUCAAGGAGGAGAUCCAAAGGAUAAAGGCCAGCAAUCCUGAUAUUACUCACCGUGAAGCUUUUAGCACUGCUGCCAAAAAUUGGGCACAUUUCCCUCACAUCCACUUUGGACUAAAGCUGGAGGGCAACAAGCAAGCCAAAUUGGAUCAUGCAGUUGCAGGAGAGGGUCCUCAGAAAUCUAUUGGUCUCUAUUAAGAUCUAAAUUAUGAUGACAAAUAGUAGUAUACUUGGAAAUAAAGAAGAAUUUUAUAUAUAGAUAUAUAGGUGAGAUAAUCUCACUAAACUAAUAAUCUUUCAUUUUGUUUUCUCUUUUCAGAAUGAUUCCUUAUAGGGCCUUGGAUUCUUUGUUUAUUUUUUCGUUGCUUUAAUUUUGUGUUUUGAACAUCUUAUAUAUGUUGUAAUAUGUAACUAGCUUUUAUGUUUA